AUGAAACCAUGGGAAUCAACUCCAAGUACUGUAAAUCCACAUGAUUUGGGAAAUAUAGAAACUGGUCCAUUUCAGCCAAAACUUCAAACAUAUCCUAAAAAGUUGUAUGGUUCCCAAAAUCGUGGAUUUUCUGCAUCAUACUUUGCUGAAUAUAAUUGGUUGGAAAAUAGCUUAGAAACUGAUUCAGUGUAUUGCUUUCCUUGUCGGAUUUUUGGUACUACACCUUCAGAAGAAACAUUUACCUCAAAAGGUUUUAAUAACUGGAAAAAACUUAGUGGGUCUAAAGGUAUUGCCAAAGGUUCAAAAUCAAAAUUGCAACUGCACUCAUCUACUAUCUACAAUAUAAAUUGUAUGACAAAAUGGUCCAUGCGUAAGGUAGCAGAUCAGUCUGGUCUCAUCGAUAUUUUAUUAUUUCUUGCACGCCAAGGUCUAGCAUUUAGAGGCCACGAUGAAAGCGAUACUUCACUAAACCAAGGAAACUUUAAAGAGAUGUGUAAACUUCUUUCUGACUAUAGUUCGAACUUCAAUGAUAUGUUUACUGAUGAAAUAAUCAAUUAUACUAGUCCUAAGAUACAAAAUGAGCUAAUCGAGAUCUGUGCUGACAAUUUAUUGAAUCUUAUAGUUGAUGGAGUUAAUGAAGUAUCUUUUUCAUAA